AUGGAGAGAGGCCUAAGACAAGGAGAUCUUCUGUCUCUCCUUCUGUUUGUGCUUAUGGUCGAUGUUUUGCAUAGGAUGUUAGGGGAAGCCGUCAGGAAGGGACGAAUCGCUCCGCUACUGGUCGGAGGAGAUCGUAUCGAAUUGUCACAUCUACAAUUUGCAAAUGAUACUAUAUUAUUUUGUCCUUUAGAGACAGAGACAAUUGUGAAUUAUAAGAGGCUGUUGCGGUGUUUUGAGCUGAUAUCUAGACUAAGCAUCAAUUUUGAUAAGUCGAAUCUGAUUCCGGUGAAUUGUGAGCAGGAAUGGGUAGAUCAUGUGUGUGGCUUACUAGGGUGCAAUCAAGCAGACUUACCUGUGAGGUACCUCGGGGUCCCAUUAGGUGCAAAUCCGCACCUGGUGAAAACUUGGAAACCAAUCAUAGAUAAGGUGAAAGAGAAACUCAGCUUAUGA